AUGGUGUCGUGGCUGGAUUCAACAACAACGAAGGUGUUGAGGGUCGCUGCAGUUGGAAGUCGGAGGAGUGAGACAGUACAUAUUGGAUUUUUUUCAUCUGAGAAGUCGCCGCUACAAAAACCCUACACUAUCACAAUAUUCGCAUGUCUCCCACCCAAAUUUGUUUCCUGGAAACCCCAACUUCCAAAUUCGACAGCCAUCACCAACCACCACUCUUGCGUUGUUUCUAAACCGACCUCCUUCUUCUACCGAUCGUCUGGUAAACCCAGUACCACCGGCAUGGUGUCAUACCAAUCACCACCGCCGGAGCACCGUUGCACCAACGCUUCUUCUCUAUUUGAAACCCUUCGACCCCUCACCACUUUCUGUAUAGAACCGUCAUACGCACACAAUUUCUUGGGCUUAUUUGAGAAAGGUGAGAUAUCAGUCUUUUCUCUUUAUCAUCUCAAAUAUGCGUAAGAAUCAACAAAUUCUAGCCCGUUCAUCCUCUAUAUUUUGUUCUUAUGUUGCAAUGUUCCAUGGUUGCUACUGUUGGGGUGUCCAAGAUAAGCAUUUUUUAAUAUAUGCCCGAUUGGAAGCAAGCCCGGUUGUUUUCUUGAAAUUUUUAGGUGGUUUUUGAGGCUUUUUAAUUGGUUUUUUUCUUGAAACAUGGGAAGAAUGAGCUAAUGGUUUUUAUGAUCUGCUGCUGAACUUCAAGUGAAAGAGAGGUUUAACGUGCAUGAUUUUAGAUAUGGGAUAUCUCAGGAAGGCGACAAUUGUGGAGUUUUGCAAGAAAGAAGGAUUGGUUCUUCUACCAGAUGAGUUAAACCAUUCUCUUUAAUAUUAGUUAUAAGUUCAAAUGGGUCUUUUUGUUAAUAUCUUAUUUUUAGACCUGGUAUUUUUGGAUCUUUUGGUUAGACGUCUCUAUUUUUAUAAAAAUACUUCAUUUACAAUUUUCAUAAAUUAUGUCUCUUUAUUGAUAUACAUAUACCCCACUUCAUUUAUCUUAAUUUUAGCAGGUUACGCAUACUGAUGUCAAUGUCAAUUGUCCGUUUUUGUUGAAAUCUGUAUCAUGUAUAUUACUCUUAUAACUUUAGUGAUUGAAUUUGAAUCUAUACAUUUAGCUGUUUUUUAAACUGUUGUAUUCACAAAUAACCCAAAUAUAUAUUUGUGUCUCUAUACUUAUUCAUUUGAGUGGUUUUUAUAUUGUUGAUGCAGUUGGCAAUUGUUAAUGCUCAAAGUAAAGGAAGGCGAUAUAUGGUCUAACAAGUGAUGCAUAGUUGGCCCUCAUAAUAGAUCACCUGUGUAUAUAUUUGACAGAGGAGACAUAAACUGAAGAAUUUAACAUCUCAAUUAACACUUGUAUAUAAACAAAAAUGAGAAGAUUAGAGUUGUGGCUUUUGUUUUCUCCUUUGGGGUACAUUAGAAUGCAAUGUUUUGGUUUAUAAGCCACUUUGGUUACUUUUUAUUAGUUUAAAUGCUAUGUAUAUAUCAUUGUGUGGCUUGCACAUUUGGAAAUGUAAAGUAGAAGGCUUAUCUUGAUUUUAAGUUUAUUUCAGAUAUAUAAAUAUGGUAUCAUUUAAUUUUUG